CGACCGCACAGAGCUAAUUUUGUGGAAUAGCGUGCACUUGUGUGUUUCUCUUCUGUGGUCUUCACAUGCUACAAUCUGAAAAAACUACUCGCACUAGAUUCGCCAACCUCGACGCACGACGCGUGACAAGAUGCGCUCGUAUUUUACAAAACACGAUAAAACGAUGCAGAAUGAUUCUUUGACCGCAUUCGUUUACAUAAUUCUCUUAUAGGAAGGAUGUCAAUGACGAACUUUCACCGCGGUGCAUUGCUGCAUUAUGCAGCGGGAGGCAUGGCGCGGUUGACGUCUAAGCUAAGGUUGAGACUUGAGAGUACGAUGGAGGAGAGCAGUAAGCAGGCCGGAAGCCAUUCAGUUAGCUCGAGCGAGCGCGCUAACGAUGUCGCGGCGCACUUACGUUACCAACCUACUUAAACGGCUAUGAUACAGCUGAUACAACAUUAAACUCGCGCGAUUAAUCUACGCCGUUUCGUAGCCUCCACCAACCACGUUCGUUUAUCCGUAUGUUCUUUCAUAAAUGUGUAUACGUGUGUAUGUACUGUUAUUGAAUAAGCGAGUGAUCGAGUGAUUGGCAGCGCGGGAAGGACACGUUUUGUAAGUGACUGGCUGCUUCAGGGAAUCGACGAAAUGCAACGUUGAAUCUAUGAUGCGAUCCCAACUAAUCGACUCGAUUCAUUUUCCACUUGCACGAGCUUCGAAUGCGAUUUGAAGAUUCUGCGAGGUUUGAUGCGACCGGUGCACGGCGCGAAACCGUGGCCACUCCUCGGCACAGGGGUUGAUUCCUCCGGACACGCGGACCUUUCCUGGCCGGGGGUGACUUCUCUUCGAACCUGACUACUCGAUCAGAGUGCUCGUGUCAACGGGAAACCCAAAGUCGACGUGCUCGACGGUCUCGCGACACUCUCUCGAAGCAGUGCGGUGUGUUCGACUCGUGUGUCGAUCCCUUUUUGACAGUCAUUUGCACCGAUCUUACAUCUAUUUUACGACGUUUACGUUCUCCUCGUGAUCGUCCUACGCCACCCGAUAUCCGUCUUCUUUCUCUUCAAGGGCAACAGCGAGGCUUUAUUCAAAACUUUCCCUUCUUGACACAUUGAAGAAUGGCGGGUAACGGCGUUCCUGUCUUAUUGGUCACUGCGAACGUCGGCAGUAUCUUCGAGGAGCCUAGCAUGAUGUUGAAAAUUUGGACGGAAGAAUUUUUAUCUACUAUACUGAGGCUGGAUCCAAAAUUUAUUGCACUGCACUGCCAAGAAGUAGGUGGAAAAAAUUAUGAGCACAGCACCAGGCAGGUGGAAGACUUUGUUAGGUUACUAAUGUCAUCGGAGGAAUUAAGGCUGUUUGACAAAAUUAGGGUAUUCUUGGAUGAAGAUUAUUCAUCUGCUGAACAUUUUACGGCCCUUGGAAAUUUGUACUUUGUGCAUGAAUCUUUGAAAGAAGUUUUAUUAUGGGACUUCCAAGAAUGUACUUUUAUACCAGUGGAUGGAAAGGAGAUUCAUUCUGGUAAUAUAGAAGCAGUCACGACCAAAGAAAAAGCAAAGUUCCCUCAGGAAUUCUUUCCAGAAUGUAAAUGGUCCAGAAAAGGAUUUCUGAGAACACGAUGGAGUAUUAGUGGAACAGUUUUUGAUCUCAUAAACAUACAUUUAUUUCACGAUGCCAGUAAUUUCAUUGCUAUGGAAACAUUUCCAUCCGUAUACAGUAAGACGCGUAGAAGAGCGCUCGAGCAUACAUUAGAUAGGUUUCAUAAUGAUAAAUAUUCAAAUGUACCAUACUUUUUAUUUGGAGACUUUAAUUUUAGAACGGACACGGCCGGUGUAAUCAAAAAACUUACGGAAGAUACUCAAGAAAGAAGGUUAUCAAACAAAGGAAGUAUUUCGAAGCUGCAGUUUCAUAAUAAAGACGAUGAUCUCAUAUUAACAUUAGGGAAAAAAGAAUUUUCUUAUUACGAGCAUCAGAAUGUUUUUGUGCAAAAUAGUGGACAAUGGCUACGUGAAUAUGACAGAGAGCUGGAAGACUUUGAUGGAAGAUUAUUUGAAUUUCCGAUUAAAUUUGUACCCAGUUACCCAUUUGAGGAAGAUAUCAAUGAAGGAUCAAAUUAUAUGCAAACAAGAGUACCGGCUUGGUGCGAUCGUGUUCUGCUGAGUCCUACCGCUAAAAUGCUAGUCCAAGAUAUAUCAUCGCCGGAUGCCAUGGAAUAUGGAAUAAUAGGGCCAACAACUUGUAUGGGCGAUCAUAAGCCAGUCUACUUGAGGGCUAAUCUCAUCGUGGACGAAGACGUGAUGAACGAGGCGUCCGAAUCGGGUACGAUGUCCAGCUUGAGCAGUCGUGAGAUAUUCAACAAUAAUAACGACACCCACAGCAACAACAAUAACAACGGCGCGACUACCAUCACGAGAUAUAUUCACAUUAAACACGCAGACUCGUCGGUUAAGAUUUUUCGAGAAACGACCGUCUGAUAUUGAAUUUAUUAUUCGUAUACGGUUACCACUUACAGCUAACAAUUUCACGUUAUGUGAAAUAACGUUUCACAAGCUUAUGGUUGCGAGAUAUUUUAACGGUUUUACCGGCAAACUAAUCUUUGCGCAAAUCUCGCCGCGACGCUUUCGAAAUGUCCCGAUAAUCGAAUAUGUUCGAUUUUAUUCGAUUAUCGACUUUUAGAGUGCUGGUCGCGUCCAAUGAUCGAUUCAAUCGAUAAUCGCAGAUCGCCCGUGCACUCGCGUAUGGAUGAAGUUGCGCGAGUCGUUAAAUUGAAUCGAAGCAAAAUACUGCAAUUACGAACCGUUUUGCUGACGACGGACGUGCGACGAUUGCCGCUAAUACUGGAGCGUGCUCUCGGUGUGAACUGCUGUUUGCCCGCAUACACGAAAAGCUUUGGGUAUGUUCACACGAAACUCGAUACGUUAUUAGUAAUUUCGAAGUUAUUAAUGUAUUCACUGCAGAUUUGAUUCUCAUUAUAUUACAUAUGUGUUUAAUAGAUACCAAUUAUUACGAAAAACUUUUUCAUAAUUUCGAGACUUUUAGUUCAUGUGCCACAUUCAAGUCGAUACGAUACAUAAUCCAAAAGUAUGUGCCGACUCGAAUGUGCAUCGUGUGCAGUGAACGUGUUAAAUUCGAAAUACUUCCUGUUGAAACUAUACAAUAGAGAUGUUAGAAGAAAAAAAAAGACGAGAUCUUUUUGAGAAUUGUUAAUAUGACGAAAUAGUUGAUACAAUGGCGUAUAUGACGAUUAUUGUAUUUUAUUCGUUAAGUGUCUUGGUGUUCCUACGCUACGUUCUUUCAGACAGUUCUUCCCAAGACUGCGAGUCUUGCAAAUGAUUUGUAUAAUUAGACGAGCAGAGAUUCACGAUAAAGAAAACGUUUCCAUGAGAGAUCGUUUGAUGUGAUAUUACCGUGGUACCUCACUUUUGUUGGUUUCCAUUGUUAGAGAUCGCGAAAGCUGAAAGAAGAGUAUUGCGCUACGAUUGCUGCCAAUAUCAAUUCGACUUCACUUUUUACAAUGUGAUUCAAUUAUAAUUGAUACGCGUUGUCUCGUUGAAUUACGUUGCAAAGAGUUAAUGAGAAUCAUUUGCGAAAGAAUAAUUACGUACAAAAAUGAAAAAUACCUAUUCCCAUUUGAAAUUUUGUAUGUAAUAAUUCCAUUGCAAUUCUAUAAUGUGCACAGCAUUUUCUACUCAUACAUUGGCGUCGAGUUCCACUGAGAAAAAUUCCUCGUGUCGAAACAUGUAUAGCCGUUUUUCUCUUCUCCUUUUUUUUUUUUUUUUAUAUUAUUUUAUCGCUACAGUGUUGAAUAGCAGUAAGUGCAUUAUUUACGACGCUCAAACAAACUAUUACUAAUCUCUGAUGGAAUUUACUUGAAGCACUCGAUUCACGAUAGUAUCUUAAUCCGAUCCAAUUGGACUAAAUUUGCGGGUACAUUCCAUUAGCGUAACCACUAGCUAGGGAACUCAAAGCUUCUGGGAAACUGUUGGCAGGUACUCGAACGUCGUUAAUAUAGGAAAUAUAAAGUUUAGACAUGGUAGAUCGUAUGUAUUUGCACGCAAAACAUAUCUAUAUUCCUCUAUCGACAUACGUACGAUAAAUGUACACUCGUUAUAAUCCCAUUGCGGAUGUUUGUCACUACUUAAAAAUUCUUCAAAUCCUUCCACUGCCCCCUGGUUACGUCAUUGAAUUCACAUUUGUUGAUGUUAUAUGGAAAUAUGUAUAAGGAUGUACCAACAUCAUAGUGUCCAUAAAGUAUAAUGGAUUAUGUUUAUUCGUUUCGUUUGCGAUUUCCAUUAUACUCUAAAUACGAUAACGCGAAAGAGAUGAUUCGAAUGACUUAAACGCGAUGCUAUAUUGUUAUACCAUACUCCCUUGCGAUGAAAACUCGCCAAUAUCACACUUCUCAUUUCACACUAUCAAAAACGAUCAUUGUCCAUGUUUGUCCUCUCUGCAGAAAAGUGAAGAAUAUUUUAACAUCUUUAACUUUGGCUCAAUACAUAGCAAAUUUUUCAAGCGAAAUAUUCCUUAUAUUACACAAUCUAAAUUAUGAAAUUAUAGAAGAACAAUUUUCAAUCGACAAUAAGUCGAGAUAUAAAUCAUCUUUUAUAAUGUCGAUUCCUCCAUGUUGCGAGUGUUGUUUCUGACUACUAAAAUGCAUUAUUAUACACGUAGUAUUAUUGCAAAAGAUCGAUAAAUUGAACAAGGAUCGUUUUUGUCAUGAGGCCCUUGAUUAUUGCCUUCGCCUUUGGUGCGAGCGAAGGUUAGUUAUUUUAUAUGAAGGUUUACUAUAUCUCGAAGAAGUCGAGACGUUUACCUACGACUGCUUUUAAAUCCGUUCCAUCUUACAUACAAUUUCGCAUGUAUAGCGAUAGUGAUAAAAGUAAGCACGAACAGCCAUCGCAAGAAUCGUAGAAGCUAAUUGGUACCUUGAAUAAGUCCUCGCGCUCAUUUAACGAAAAGCUAUGACAUGCACUCAAUUACUGUUGUAACCUUCCAAUUCCCAUCGCUCAGGUUACGAUGCAAAACAUGCUAAAUUUUACUAAUUUUUAUCUCUAUUGAUGGAUGAAAUAGCAGAUUUCAAGAAAUUGCUAUUUUUAUUAUAAGUUACUAAUUUCUUACCAUAUUUCAUUAUUAGAUUAUGAAUGUUCAUUCAAAUUCAUAUUUUCAUGAAAAUAAUCAAAAGGAUGGAACGUAGAUAGAAAAUUGUUAUGAAUCAACACACUGAAAUAGAUGCUAAACUGCUCACUAGAAUUUUUACAGGUCAUCUGAAUAUGUAAAUUACUAAUUUGCUUAUAUUAUAGAAUAAAUAGAAGAUGACACUUGUUGAUGCUUAUGGGAAUUAGAUGGUUAUGCUACAUUUUCUCCAUUGUUGUGGCGAUUGGUAUUUGAAAUGUCUGUUUUCGAAGUGUAUGUCAAUGAUAAUCGUAAGCCAUUCCUUGAGAAUUAGACGUAAGAUAAUUAAUGGUAAAACGUACAAUUCGUCGAUUGGAAACUUAAUGAGGUACCUGAUCUGUUUUGACCAACGUAUAAAGUACACUACAAUUCUCGUAUCUAUUAUGGAGGAUUUCUGGGUAUUUCCUAAGUUAAUGAAAUGCUCGAUACGAUCUUAAUUAAACAAUAUUGUAUUCUACCCUGUGCAAUACCUGGAAAUGUAUAAAGCGUCGAAUUGUACACUUUAUCUGUAACGCAGUAAUUUAACUCGAUGUACGUAUUAACAUGUAUGUAAGAUUAAGGAUUUGACGCUUUUACCAGACUGGUUUUAGGAUCUUCCGCGCGGGCAAGUUUUUCGAGAAGAUUUUUAAAAGAAUUGUCACAUACGUUUAAUUACCUUGUCAUCGAUAAAAAUCGAUGAUUUGUGCUUUUCUAUAUCUUCAUAAUUUACAAGCUAGUUGUUUACAAGCUAGUAAAAAAAAAAAAGAAAGAGUUUGAGUAAUCGAAAUGGCAAAAUUAAUAAAUAGAUAAAAAGUUAAAGUCAACAAAUGAUAAUUAAGAUUAGAUUGAAAUGCAAAGUACGCUAUCGAAAUUCUUGCUUGCUCUGAUGUUUUAUGAGAUGUUUUAAGAGAAACAUUAUUUCUUCCGUCUUUCGACGGCAAGUAAACGUUGUACUUUUAUAAAUAUGAAUGUACUUAUAUUUUGUACUGACAGUACCUUGCAAAAAUAUAAUAUGUUAAAUAAUGAGAUUACAUGUGCAUGUAUGAUGUACGUUACGAAUAAACGUUAUAUAAUAGGAAUA